UCUGCCUCUUCUUUUGUGGGCUGCUAUAGUGAACCCGGCGAGCUAGUUCUCGCGGGAUCCUAUCAAUUCCAAUCCAUCGGAUACUGCCAACAAACAUGCGACAAGCGCAAUCAGACUGUAUACGCUCUGCACGACGGGAAUCAAUGCUACUGCGGCGAUGCAUUGCCAUCUUCUGAAUCUGAGGUGCCAGCUGCACGAUGCAACACGCCUUGUGCUGGGUUCCCCUCUGAUACUUGCGGCGGCUCUGACACCUGGAGUGUCAGCUCCGAUUCCAUCAACGUCAAACGCGAUGAUGCCGGCUCUGUCAUCGUGACCGCACCGGACACGCCGGACUCUGCGGCAAACAUCCAAGUCAACCCCACCUUGGUCGAGACUGGCAUUGCGCUCGCCAGCAGUGUCGUCAGUGACGCGGGAGGCAGC